GCUUCGUUAUUACAAAUCCAAGCCUCUAAUACCGAAAGCACCGCCAAUAAAAGUGUCUGCCAUGGAAGAGGGUUCUUCUUCCGCAUCUCCGCCGCCAUCCGAUUCCAUUCCGACAACUAGUGGCACGGUUGCCGAGUUUCUCACCGACCUUCCAUCUCGCGGCCUCUUCUCUUCCACCGCCGUUUCCUCUUCUAAUCCGGGCGGUAUACGAAUUUACGUCUGUGACCAUGAAACAGCACCCCCAGAGAACCAAGUAAUAAAGACUGAUCAGAUGAACAUAUUGAUCAGAUCACUUACUUUGAAGAAGCAACAGGGUGAAGCGACUGAUAACUCAAGAAAGAGAGCUGCUGACAGAGCUGCUGAUGGAAGGGCUUCAGCUAAGAGGGCAUCGACUAGUAGCCAGAAUAGUGCUCGACAGGGUGGGUCAAGUAGUCGUGCUGCAGAUAAAAAAUUUCAGGGUUUGACUGUGGAGAGGCUUCGUGCACUUCUGAAGGAAAAAGGACUUUCGCCAAAAGGGAAGAAGGAUGAGCUGAUUGAACGCCUUCGGAAUUCAAGUAAAUGAUUUAAAUAUGCUGAUUAGAAGAGGGAAGUACGAUUGAAUACGCAGGUGCUAGACUGCCAGGGGAGUUCAUGGACAGUGCAAAUUUAAUUUAAUGAAGUUGGUCGUAGUUUACAUUCUUGGUGUAGUAUUUUGUUUAUUUGGUGCAUAUAUCUUGUAUUACUGAUGCUAGUGUAAUGUCACAACUUUUGCCGGAGAGUCUACUAAAUACAAAAACCUGUCCUUUGUUGGUCUUGCUCUGA